AUGCCGGUAUCAACUAUUCCGUCCUCGCAGGAACAAAACAACAGCCAUCGUGUUUCAUACCAGCGUUUCAGGAGGAGGAUUACCCGAAGGAGCAGCAGUGAGUGUCCCGCUGCCAGUACACCACUGACCACUGGGGGGCAGUGUGAGCCCAGCUUUGAGUUUGAUACAGUCUGUCAGAGGCUGGUGUUGGACUCUCCUCAACCACAACACAAAGUCCUCCGGGGAAACCUUCAAGAGACAGCAAAAACAGAUGUGUCCACCUGCAUCGCUGCUGCACCCACAGUACGCACUGUCACUUCUCAUCUUGCCAAGGAAAAUGCCCCACAACAGGGUUGGGUGUGGAGAGAUGCAGUUAAAGAACAGGGGAUCUCUCAACAGGCUGGUAAAGCCUCUGAUGACAAACUACAUGACUUGCAGCCGUUUGCUGUUCUGGAGAAAGCUUCUGUGAAUCUGCAAGUAAAGGCUGUGAUAAAGAUGGCAGCACCAACGCUGAUGAAUGACUAUUGUAAGAAUGGAUUCAAAUCUGCAUUAUUCUCGUCCAAAAAGUUAUUUUUAUCCUUCAGCGUUUUAAGGAUGUUGCUUAAUUUGAUGCAAAGACAAACACAACAGAAGGGCCGGACAGUUUCUUUAGCCUUUGUGUUAAACUAUGUUGUCUGUGACACUGUCUCAUUUACAAAAUAUAGUUGUAUGUAAUAAAACAGAUGGACUCUGCAGCUUUCAGUUACUGCUAGUUAAACAGAAAGAGAUCAUGUAUUUUAAUGGGGGACUAUUUGAUGCAGAUUGAGACGUGUUAUGUGCUCUGGUGAGUUUUAAAUAGCAGCAGAGCAUCCAUUGAAGGACAAAGUGUGUAUAGGUUUAAAGCAAGUAUCAAUGAAAGUUACAUUUUUGACUCAUCAAUUCCAACCAAGUGUCAUGCUGCGCGAUAGAGAAUGACUCAUGGCUACUCUAAAGAUCUACCACUGAAGUCAUGUUCUCAGUUUUGGGGGAAAGUAUAAAUUCUCUAUGGUGGGUGUUUAUGAACUAAUUUUCUAUGUUUAAACGUCAAUCUAUUACAUUCACAACUUUAAGGCCAAUAAAAUAAUACAAAAUAAAUUCACCAGUAUUUAAAUGCUCUGAGGAGAGUGCUUCAAAUGGGAUUGAAAGUUUCAUGCUGGAAACAUACGUUUGAUUAAAUGGUAAUCUGAUUUUACUUGUUGGCUUUGUAAAAUCUUUGUAGAUGGUUUUAUGUUUUUAUAAAUUCUCAGUUUCUUGAUGUUGCCUGAUGAAGUCAAGUAUUAAUGUAUUUAUUAUUCAUGGUGUUUGUUGUUUCUAUUGUCUGACUCUAUGUGUCUGUGUGUCUUUUUGUUUCCUGUUUUCACCUGGCUACAAAACACAUUUCCACUAGGGGACAAUAAAGUUGAAGUUGAAUCAGUCAGAAACCCCCUCCAACGAUCCUGUUGUUUAAAAAAAAUGAAUGGAAACAGCUCAUACUUCGGUUUUGAAGAGUGACCACAGCUUUGCUCUCAGUUCAGACUCAUCCUGAUUGACGCUGCUUGACUCAUCAGGCACAGUAUGGCUUGUAGUCCUUCUCUCUCUCUUCUAUCUCUUCUCUUCAGACUCAAAUGUACUCGACUGCAGUUGUA